UUCUCCUGGAUUUUAAGAGAAAUUCUUUGGAGGUAUGAAACAUUCUCUUGUUCGUCCCAUGCAAUUCAAUUAAAGUGGCUGGAUCAAGGCGGCACUCAGCUCUGACCUGUGGGACUCCUGGUGUAGGGGGCGUGGAGCGGAGGUGGAGACCUUGUAAUUAGCCCCACUUUCUCCGGGCUUUCGUCGUCUGCCUUCCAGUAGGGAGAUCGAGCUACCCUGGACAAAGUUAACUUGAGAUAAAAGGAGAGACUGGACGAUACUUCAUGUAGACUGCUCAAGGCGGAUUUUCCUUUUCACAGCUGUCCGACUGAAAGAAUAUGCCAGGAACCUGCAUGGUCACAAUAUCUGGACAUUCCUUGGGGCGCACAGUGACGAUGAAUGGGCUACAAUUGAUUUGAAGGUGGGAUCCAAAGCAAUACCUAUCAACGCAGAGCCUAAACGGUUUGGUGCAAAGCCCUUUACAAACGAGUUAGUGACAGCUAAGGUCAGUUGUAAUAAAACAGUUUAUCGGGAUGGUCUGCGCAUCAGGUCUCAUGAAUGUGUCUUCUGCAGACCUCCGUGCUCACGAUCCCCUUGUUUUGGAGACGCAGCAGUGAGGGAGACUCGCGAGGCAAAAGUCAGGAAAGGACGGGGCUCCGUCCGCGGACAUAGUCGCUAUUAGGCCCUGCGGCAAGGAGUGCGUGUGUAUAAAUAAAAGCGCUGAUUGCAGAUUUUGCGCUCACGUACCCAUAUACCUGGAGUUGCUCUGCGUCUUUAAAUGAAAAUCUCUCUUUUUCCACCAAGACCGCAAAUCACAGAAGUAGAGUCCAAUCAAACAUUGCGUAUGGAGUUUUUUUUAUGAAGUCUUAUGAAGGUAUUGAUAUCCUCAGUGGUGCUGAGUUGAACGGAAAACUCGAGUGGAGAACUGGGAUUGGACAUGCUCUGGUAAUUAAAAAGAAUAUUGAUUGCAUCCUGCUAUUCGAAAAUACACAAUUUAACUGGAUUCAUAUCACACACUCACGAUUUCCCAGGAACCUUUGAAACACAUUAUCCCGUCUUUGGUGUGUGUGUGUGCGUGUGUCCCUUACUUACAUUAUUUUGUAAUUUUUUGAGUAUUCUAAAAUAUUGUUCCAAUGGGUGCAACGGUGAUGUGUAGCCAGCUGAGUGCAUUUGGAAAAGAACAGAGCAAGCAGCGAGUUAACUUUUCAGUCUCAAGAGCGUCCAAAAAGACGGGAACUUAGAGGAAUGCGGGGAUUGACGUCAUGAGGGGCAAUAAUGAACAAGCCAAAAGUUGUGGAAGGUCUGCUGGUGUUUCUACACCCACUACACUGCUAACUGAGUGGAACUUUUUUUCUGAGAGUUUUUUUUUUUACUUUUAAGAUUAAACAAUCAUUGCCCUAGUUGUUAUACUGCCGCCUCACACCAAGCUUUAAUUUUUCAUCAACUUCAGCUGUGAAAUAACUGUCCCUGUGAAAUAACUGUCCUUCUACAUGGAUACAUUUGGAUAGAUUAAAAAGCAACAUGGCAUCCCCCCAACAUCAACAAUUGCUGCCUCGCAACACAGAAGUGAGCUGUGACUCAAGUGGAGAUGGAGGCGUCUCAGUUAGGAUUGGCAGUAGUGUCAAACACAAGCAUGGAGGCGGGCCGCUAGGUUCAAUUGGAGGAGGCUUCAUGGGGGGAUCCAAGCAUUGCAAGUACAGCAUUUCAUCCAGCUGCAGUUCUGGAGAGUCUGGAGUCAAGAGGCCAAUGGUGAAGAGCUUUCGCUCACAGAAGAAGAUGCCUCAGCUUUUUGAGAGAUCUGCCGGUCAUUUCUGGGACCCUAAAUUUGACUCUUCGAUCCUGGAAGAAGCCUGUAGAGAACGAUGUUUCCCUCAGACCCGGCGGCGCUUCCGAUAUGUGCUGUUUUACCUGGUGGCCGCCGCCCUCCUCUGGGGACUGUAUUUUGCUGCAAACCCUUCCCGCUGUGACAGGCAUGCCUUUCUACUUCCCACCGCGUCUUUCCUCCUCUUCUGCCUCCUUCUCUUUCUCUUAACGUUUACUAAGCUUUACUCUCGCUGCUACAACCAAGCAUCUCUGCUGCUCAUCAUUGUAACCUUCACCCUAACCCUGGCCCCCCAGAUCCAGACAUCAAGUUUCAGAGAUACAGAGACUCCCACACCUGCACUUGAUGUGGAAGAAUUCAGUGGCAUGGGCCCCACAUACAACCUGUCAUAUGACAAGCUUCUAGGAGGUAGCUCCUGGUCCCCCUGUAUUUCUCCUGUAGGCACCUUCUCCCUCUGUAUUGAGGUUCUUCUGUUGCUCUAUAGUGUUCUCCAUGUUCGCCUCUAUGCUUCUAUCAUGCUCGGGUUUCUCUACUCCUUCUUUUUUGAGAGUUUGAGCUGGUUGCAUCUGACGCAGGCAGGGGAUAACUGGAGCCUCGCCUCUCUGUCAGACUGGGAUACACUAUGUUGGCUUGGCCCAGCCAAAGCUCUGCUCCACCUCUGUGCCCACGCCAUUGGCAUCCACCUGUUCAUUAUGUCCGAGGUACGUUCGCGAAGCACCUUCCUUAAGGUGGGACAAGCUAUCAUGCAUGGCAAAGAUCUGGAGGUGGAGAAAGCCUUGAAAGAGCGAAUGAUCCACUCUGUCAUGCCCAGAAUCGUGGCUGAUGAACUCAUGAAGCAGGGUGACGAGGAGAUAGGUGACAGUUCUGUUAAACGAUACUCCACGAGCGGUGCGGCUGCUGUCAUCUCCAGCCCUAAAAACAAUAAACGCAAGAAAACCUCCAUCCCUCGUGGCCAGAUCAUCUUCAGACCCUUUAACAUGAAACGGAUGGAGCCUGUCAGCAUCCUCUUUGCAGACAUUGUUGGCUUCACCAAGAUGUCAGCAAAUAAAUCUGCUCAUGCCCUUGUUGGGCUUCUAAAUGACUUAUUCGGACGUUUUGACCGACUUUGUGAGCUCACUGGCUGUGAAAAAAUCAGUACUUUAGGAGACUGUUACUACUGCGUGGCUGGUUGUCCUGAACCCAGACCAGACCAUGCCUAUUGCUGCGUAGAGAUGGGCCUGGGCAUGAUUCAGGCUAUUGAACAGUUCUGCCAGGAGAAGAGAGAGAUGGUCAACAUGAGAGUGGGUGUCCACACCGGCACUGUGCUCUGUGGUAUCCUGGGCAUGAAGCGCUUCAAGUUUGAUGUUUGGUCAAAUGACGUCAACCUGGCCAACCUAAUGGAGCAGCUGGGAGUGGCUGGGAAGGUCCACCUAUCAGAGGCCACCGCCAACUUCCUGGAUGACCGCUACCAGCAUGAAGAUGGACAAGUCAUUGAGAGAAUAGGACAGAGUGUUGUGUCUGACCAGCUCAAAGGCCUGAAGACCUACCUGAUCUCCAGCAGGAAGGUGGAGCCUCACUCUCUCUGUAGCUGUUCUCAGUUGGGGUUGGUGGGGCAUGAGCAUGUGGAUCCUCAGUGCCCCAAUUGCAGGGUACACACACCUGAUGGAGCUCCUCCAGCCUGCAUCUUGCCACCAGAUAGUGCUAAGUCCCCUUGUAUAUCAUGCAGUGUGGUUCUAUUACCAGUGGAAGAUCAGGUUCUGGAGGAAGGAGCAGUGCACAAUGGCUGCCAUGAUGACCACAAGACAAACAGCAGCAAGGACAUUACAAAUCUGAAGUGUUCCCCAGCGGUUUCGGCAGGACGCAGCCCCAAAGCUCUGAACGGCCUGCUCGGUCCGCAACUGGAAGCCUUGACCAACAGUCAGACGUCGCUGUGUGAGAUGCUGCAGGAGAAGGAGAAGAAGACGUGGAGUGGAGGAACCAUGGGCAUGGACCACUCGGCGCUCAUCCCUCUACGCUCAAAGAACUUCAGGGAGAGGAGCGAUGCUCACUUUGUGGACGUUAUUAAAGAGGACAGCCUUAUGAAGGACUAUUUCUAUAGACCCCCAAUAAACAAGCUCAGCCUCACCUUCCUGGAGAGGAGCCUGGAGUCCGCUUACCGGAUAAGCUACCAGGAAGAGGUGGAAACCCAAGCACCGGUGCAAACUUUUGCCAGUCCAACAUUCAGCUCUUUUCUGGACAUGCUGCUCUGCUGUUUAGUUUUUCUGGCUCUCUCACUGGCCUGUUUCCUUCGACCGCUUGUCACCCAGCAGAGCUUGUCCACACCAGCACUCAUUCUGACAGCUGGAGCCACCCUGUUGGAGACUGUUGCUCUUCUGUUUGCUAUACGAAUGGCUUUCUACCUGGACACUGUGCUGAGCUGCACUCGGAUGCUGAUGAGACUGGUCUCAGGAUGGAUAGCGCGUCACUUUAUAGGAGCCGUCCUGGUGUCCCUGCCCACUGUGGCCGUCUUUUCCCAUGUUACCUGUGACAUGCAUCUCUCAAUUCAGUUCACCAUGUUCAUCUGCUGUGCUGUCAUCAUAGCUAUCAUUCAGUACUGCAACUUCUGCCAACUCAGCUAUUGGAUGCGCUCAGUUCUCGCAACUUUGGUGGGGCUAGCAAUGCUUGCCUUGAUAUUCAGCUCCCCCUGCAGCAUUGCUAAGAGUCUGUUUUUGUGGUCGGAUGUCAAAAGCAAUACCAGCUACAGUAACAGCUCCAUCGUCAUGUCUGAAAGUCCAGCAGACCCAACCCCAAAGGACCUGCUGGGCACAGAAGCCUGCGUGGCCUUUUUCCUGGUCCUCCUCCUUAUCUUGUUCCUUAACCGUGAAUUUGAAGUUAGUCACCGCCUGCAUUACCAUGGCAACGUUGAGGCUGAUCAACACCGCAUCAAGAUCCAGAACAUGAGAGACCAGGCCGACUGGCUGCUACGCAACAUCAUCCCCAUCCAUGUGGCCGAGCAGCUAAAGGUCACACAGAGCUACUCCAAGAACCACGACAAUGUGGGUGUGAUAUUUGCCAGUAUUGUUAACUUCAGUGAGUUUUAUGAGGAAAGCUACGAGGGAGGCAAGGAGUGCUAUCGUGUCCUCAACGAGCUAAUUGGAGACUUUGACGAGCUGCUACGAAAGCCUACAUUCUCAAAUAUGGAAAAGAUCAAGACUAUCGGUGCCACGUACAUGGCAGCAGCAGGACUCAACGCGCAGCAGUGUGCCGACGCAGCACAUCCUCAUGCACAUCUUCGCGCCCUUUUCGAAUUCGCCCUUGAAAUGAUGCGUGUGGUGGACGACUUCAACAAGAACAUGCUGGGCUUUGGCUUCAAGCUUCGCAUUGGAUUCAAUCACGGGCCUCUGACAGCGGGAGUGAUUGGCACUACUAAGCUUCUCUAUGAUAUCUGGGGCGAUACAGUUAACAUCGCCAGUCGCAUGGAUACAACAGGGGUGGAGUGUCGUGUGCAGGUGAGUGAGGAGAGCUAUUGCGUGCUUAGUGGUAUGGAUUAUGAGUUUGAUUAUCGGGGCACUGUUAACGUCAAAGGCAAAGGUCAGAUGAAGACCUUCCUCUACCCGAAGAGCAGUGACAGUGGCCCUGUGCCUCAGUACCAACUCUCUGUGUCACCCGAGAUCCGGGCACAGGUGGAUGGUAGCAUCGGACGCUCACCCACUGAUGAAAUCGCCAGCAUGGUUCCUGCAACAAGCAUAACAGCGAGCAGCACACAUAAUACGGUACCCAGUGCCAGCGCUGGUUCCACAACUAUCAAAGGGCUCAGCCAUGGGAGAGAGGCAGUCAGCCAUGAAAGGCGUUCCUCUUCAGAAACCUCAAAUGCUAGAAGACCUUCAUCUCACCUAGACGGACCUUCUUCUUCUGCAACCCAACAACUUCUCAUCUCAUCAUCGGCCCAGCAAAAUACACCCCAAACGUCCCAAAAAGACAUCAAGAAGGACAAAUGCGAUGAAGCGCAUGACAGUGUUGGAGAGUUAACACGACUCUAAAAAUAUCCUACUAUGGCGCUUUUAUCUUAAAUUGUCUACCCUUUAAGCUCUUGUUCCUGCCAUUUGGCAUUUGUAGAUUCACAAUAGAUUUGGUCCUAGAAUCAGAGAGAAAGAUCCGCAGCCCUCUUCUCUGCAAAAGGUAGACAGCAGGUUGUUCGUAAUGUAAAUCUGACUGGCUGAUAUUUACACUGGAGGGUGCUGGCUGGACCUCAAAUUGACCGUCAGGCAGGAACAUACAGAGGAAGUAUGAUGUGAUGUCUCUCAGACCUUUUCUUGCCUGUUACAGAUCGCAAUUUUCUCCCAUUAACUUGAUUAUCUGUACACCUUUAAUCUUAAUUUUUUUCUUUCAUGUCUUUUAAGUGCCUUUAGAGUAGAAUUAUGUGUAGACUAAGCCGUUUGAGUAACAGAAGGAUAUCAUAAAAAGGGAAAACUGUAAAUAAGCAAACUUUUUUGGGUAAAACUGCUUACAUUUUGUUACAACUUUGUAAACUAUGCUUUGCUAUUAAUCCUUUUAUUAAACAAGAGCUUACUAUACAUACGGAAAGUGCUACAACAUGAAGAACAUCACAAUGUGUGUCAAUUAAAGGGAAAUAAUACCGUAAUAAUACAAGAUAUGUAUUAGUAAAACCUGAACUAGAAUGCAACAGAGCCUAUUUCCUUGUUCUUCAUUGAGUACCAGAAAAUUCUUCAUGAGAAGCACAGCAGAAACUAAUCAAUACAGGCUAAGGGCCAACAAGGCUAAGCUGCGCGUCGAAUGAGUGUAUUUGCAUGCAUACUGUGUGUGUGUUCGUGUGUGUGUUCGUUUUUAUGGCUCUGUUUAGGAAAAAGAUCAGGCUAAGUUUGAUAAGGAGAGUUGCCUAUGAGUUAAUCAAAUGACUUGCAGGAUCAGGACGAACAUUUCAGGACUGCGGUCGGAGGAAAUAUAAAUCUAAUGUCAGCUUUUUCCUCUAGCCCCUGUUAAGAUCGUUGUAUUGCCUCAGUACCGUGUCAUGUCCAAGCCACAUUUAAUCAGCAUGCUUGCAACGAUAGCUGCAUCGUAGCUGAGGUUAGAUCUGGAGUUGUGUUAGAUGUUGAUGAGUAUUUCGAUGGAUCCUACAAGGCACUGCUGUACCUGUAGACUAUUUUGACCGUAGAUCAAAUACAGAAAACAACUGCCUAGGUUUUGCUAUGGAUUACACAGUGUUAGGUGAUAUGGCUUUUUAGCCAUGGAUAAUCAAAGUGGAAUGUCACUAAUCUAAACUUAAUGUGCUCUAUUGUAUUUAUUGUUACACAAAACUUGAACUUUCUAUGUGAAGCGCCAGUCUUUAUUUUAUUAUUUAAAAUAUACUAUUUGAUGGAAACAGUUGGAUGCAUUAGCUGCUUCAUUCUUUCUAUGGCAUGAAACUUAAUGUAAUAACGGCACUGUCGAUGCAAAGGCAGUGCAACAAAUAUAUUUGGUAUGAUUGCCUAUGUGUUUUUAUUCCUUAAAGACUUCUAAUAUGUCAGAUGACUAAGGAAAUCAACAUGAUAAAACUGUACAUCUCUGUUGCUGUUACAACUUCUCUCUUUUAUUGUUUUCUUAGCAAAAGGAUUGUGUGCUCAGAGGCAAAUACGUUUAACCAUGAAAUCCACUUCAGUGUCUUACUUGUUUGAUGUUUCAAUAUCUAUAACAACACUUAAACCGAUCAGUAUUUUUAAAGUAAUAAUGCAAACAACACAAGGGACACAUUUGCCUUCUUUUAUCAUCAGACACGUUAUUUUAACAAAUGCCUAAUAGGUUGAUAAUUGGUUGUUUUGUUCGUGCCUUUUAACUUUCUACUUGUUUUUUUUCGCUGUCCGUUUUGUGUUGCUUUAAUUUCUUAAGACACUAAAUAUAUCUCUUAAGCUUAGCAGGAUAAUGUUAACUUUUGUGCUUUAAACACCUUUUUUUAAAAAGAUGUUUUCUAAGGUAAAGAAAUAGCAGUGCCUUUUUUCUUAAUGUUUACGUUUAAAUGUAAGCAUACCAAACAUUCAACAUCAAUUGGCCCCAUUGCCUUUUUGUUUGGCCUUCCAUUGUGCACUUUAUAUUGCUCGAAUGGAGUUGGGCUGAUUUUAAAUGCAAUAAUAAUUACUUUGAAAAGGAGAAUUCCCUUCUUUACACUUAUGAGCACACAACCCUUUUACCAGCCUAAAAGGGUGUUUUUGUUAAACUAAAAUAAAGGUAGAAUAAUAUUUGUUCUUAUUUAUGGUUAAGCGCUUAAUAUAGAUCAAGAUACUUCAGUGUCAAGUAAAGCACAUAAGCAACAGUUCUUUUGUUUCCUCCUGGUUUUUUUGAUAACAUGUUUGUUUUCUAUUAAUAUUGUAUUUGGGAUUAACAGGAAUAAUUACAUAGCUGUGUUUUCUAUUUUAGCCCCUUUUCUUUUUCUACCAACAUGAUCUUAAAUGUUGCUUUGGGUUGACUGAUCGAGAUGUAAGUGCCAUUCUGACCCAGCAGAAUGGCACACGGAGAAUUUUGAUGCCAAAGAGUGUUAUUGCCAUCACUUGGAGCUUUUCUUAAUAUCUCAUUUCUCCUUCGUUUGCAGAUUAUCUUGUGCUUGUUUAAUAACAUUUCUAUAUUCACUGUUCAGAGACAUUUGCAAAGGAGCUCACUUUUUGUGUAUAGUAUGGCUUUAUAUUGUAUAGUUUCUGAGCAUUUUCUAUUAUUUAUAUAGACGCAUGUACUAGAGUAUUAAAAAGUCUAAAGAAUUGGGUGAUUUGACAAUGUUGGAAUAACACUUGUGUACUCAGUUUGCCUGCAUGUCCGUAAAAAAGCGUGUUUGUAAAA